AUGUCGACUCAGCAAGGCGAUGGACUGUCGCCUACACCCUCAUCUACGGAUAUGACGCCGGAGACACAAUUGGAACAAGAAACUGCUGCAGUUGCAGCAACAAGGAUGGGGCAGAGAUCUGCCAGAAUCAAGAAUCAGGCAUCUGAUCUGCCUAGCCGACUAGGCACGUUGGACAGCAUUGAAAAAUUGACCGGAACUGAAAACUACGAAGACUGGGAAAUGAUCGUCAUUGGACAUCUUAAAAGACAUAAGAUCCGUGACCUUAUUGACAGCAAGAUUCCAAGGCCUACUCCAGAUGACGAGAAAUACGAAUUAUGGGAAGACUAUUCAUUGACAGUCGGCUUAUGGCUUAUCACACAAGUUAACCGAUCACUGAGAGAAGAAAUGAAGGCAUCUGGUGAAGAUCCUGAGUAUGCUGAUGAUGUCAUGAAUCUGAUCCGAAGGACAAUCCAAGGGACAACUCCCACAGCAGAACAUAGUCUCUAUAUCGAUUUCCAUGACACGAAAAGAGACAAAUACGCUACUGUCGAACACUUUGUCAACGCAUUUAGACAGAAAUUCCGAGACUGCAACCGUACAAGAUACAAAGUGACGGCUAGGAUAGCCAGUCUGAUGCUUCUAGACCAAUUGGAAGAAGAUAUGCCAUCAUGGGUUAACAGCAAAAUGGAGAAUAUGUCCGACAAAGACUAUGAGACCGAAACCGAAUUCUUAUCACUAUGUCGACAGGCUAUUGAGAAGUCUAGAAAACGCGGUCAAUAUGCUGCAACAACUUCUAUCAGGCUUCACUAG